AUGGAUGCUGGCGUUAUUAGGCUCGUACUUCGGAAUAAGAGAGAUGUACGGAGCUAUAGUGCCAAGAUUACUCUAUUGAUUCAUUGGAAACUUAUUCGAAAGGAGCUCGAAGUGGAGAAAUAUGAAGAUCGAGGAGGCUACCGGAAGGACGACAGUCCACCAAGGAGGACCCACAAACCACUUCUUGAUGAAACACGUCAACACGGCGCCGUUUCACUUCUCUAA